CUGAAAAUAACUCCUAGGUUUAGAUCUAGAUCUCGUCUAAUCUAGAUCUAGAUUUAGAUCGGAAUUAAACUAAUUUAAAAUGAAUCGUACUGUUAAUCUUGUCAGCGGUCAUCAAAUGCCUAUUAUUGGAUUUGGGACAUACAGAAUACAAGGUUAUGAUGUUCUGUAUACAGCACUUGACGCAGCUUUGGCAGCUGGAUACCGCUCAUUUGAUACUGCAUCAGUGUAUCGUAAUGAAACAGACAUAGGAAAGAUUUUUAAGGUGUUACUACCUAAAUAUAACCUACAACGUAAAGAUAUAUUCAUUACCAGCAAGCUAGGUCCAUCUGAGCAAGGCAAAGGAAAUGCCCUGUCAGCGUGUUUGGGUUCCCUGCAGCGACUGGACUGUGAAUACUUAGACCUGUACCUCAUCCAUUGGCCAGGAACUCACAAAUUUAAACCAGAGGAUGAAAGACAUAAAGAACUUAGACAGGAAAGCUGGCGUGAUAUGGAGGAGGCCCACAAACAAGGAAAAAUUAGGUCACUAGGAAUUUCUAACUAUUUACCAAAGCACAUAGAAGAGCUACUAUCACAUUGUAAUGUCAAACCAUCUGUACUUCAAACAGAAUAUCAUCCACAUCUGACUCAACUAGAUGUAAAGAAAGCUUGUGAUAAGUAUGGCAUCCAUCUCCAAGCUUAUUCUUCAUUAGGAACAUCCAACGCUGAAAAUAAAAUUUUAACAGACCCAACUGUUGUGGAAAUAGCUCAUCAGUUAAAGAAAUCAGUGGCUCAGGUACUUCUUAGAUGGGCUGUUCAACAAGGAAUAGGUGUUCUGCCCAAAUCUACCAAUCCCAAGCAUAUACAAGAAAAUAUGGACAUUUUUUCUUUCUCGUUGAGUGAGGAACAAAUGAAUAGAUUAAGUUCAUUGGACAACCAGACACACUACUGCUGGAAUCCUGCAGACAUAGCAUAAACUUGAAGAUAGUUUACAUUUUUAACUGUUGAAAGAUUAUUUAAUUGAUUUUUUUAGUCCAUAAGAUUUUUAGCAUAAUUGUUAUAAAACACUGUUAUUUAAAUGUCAUAUAUGUGUUUCCUUUCACCAAUUAUAUUUAAAGUAUUUAAAUAUAUGCACUGAUUUAUGUAUGUAUAUGUUAUAGCCAAAUCCCAAAAUCAGCCACAUUAAAAGCAGGCUGACCAAAUUGUGAAAUUGCUAGUAAAGUAAUAUCACCUCACAUUGACUGGCCAAUGGAUGAUCUUUUUUGGAAUUUGGCCAGCCAAUUUGCAAAAUGGUUAAGGGCCAUUGGCCAAAGUCAGAAUGAGAAAGGGUUGAGCAUAUUUUGGGUGUUUGUCUAGCUUUAUGUUGAUCACAAAAGGCCUCUAUUGAUUAUUAAUUAUACAAAAUUACAAUAUCACUAAAUUGUCAAUCAAUAAUCACAUGUUACAACAGAUGAACUUUUAUGACAUUUUGAGUUACACAACUGUUUGUUUCACCAUUUACAUCAGUUUGUUGCUCUCAUAGUUGUUCAUAGUGAUCUUUCUUCUGUGCCUAUGGAUGCAGAAUGGAAAACUCUCUUCCAGAAUACAAUGGUCUAUGAGCAUCAUGUUGUUUUUAGCUAGUAGAAAGCACCCUUGAUAAUCAUUACACAUGUAAUACCAUGACUUCUGUCAACAUAUUAUCUCCAACUUUCACUGGUUGGAAUGUUUUUUUUACAAAUGAAUUUUUUAGCAUCUUGGCACCUUGAGCUUGCUAACUAGCUUGAGCUGAAGACCUCUUGUUUCUGGUUUCUUUCUCAUUAUGAUAUGGCCUGCAAGUAAUUUUUACUCUGUACUCUUUAUGCAACUGGAUCCAAAGUAGUGGACUACACUCUUUUUCACACACUACACAGAACCUGUUUGCAUUUUAUUGUCAAGCCACUGGUCUGGACUAUAUGAUGGCUCAUAAAGACUUCAGAGCGUUAACGUGGUUCAAGAUGGUCUGCAAGUACAGAUGAUUUUACUGCAGCUUUCUUCAUCAUUGUGAAAUAUAUUGGGCGUAUUACAAUAUUUAGUAAUGACACACUGGGAAAAUUUGUAUUUAGAAAAAAUGAAAACUGCUUUCAUACUGCAGAAAGAACAAAAGUUUUUUGUUGUUUUUACUUCAACUGAAGCCCUUGAAACAAUUGACAUUCUAUGAAAAUUGUUGUUUUUUUUAAAAUUGCCAGUUGUCAGAAAAGAGAUGUGUGAACAGUACUGUGAUGUAGCCCAUAUAUUUAAAACAAAAAUCUUAAAGAAUUUAAUAAGCAGCUGCCAGUUUAAACAAGAUUAUUUUUUAAAGCAUAUUAACGGCUGGAAAAGUUUAAAUCACAGUGUUUAUUGUGGGUUGUGUCUCAUUACAAAACUCAGAAUAAAAUAAAAUCUGUAACUUUCCUGUAUCUCUGCAUACUGUGAUCUUAUUUAAUUUAUUGUGUAGAGCAUAGUGUGUUUUCAUACUGUUUCAGUUUUUUUAUGAACUUGAUGUAUGGUAUUCACUCUUAACACAUAAUUUAAUUUUGAAAGAGACCAAAAUAAAUUGAAAAAUGAAUUGCAAACUGUUAUUCUAUAAAGCAUAUUUAAAAUGUAAAUUAUUUUAUGUAGAUCUCUAAUAAAAUUUAAAAGAUAAAAUUAAAUAUGCCUACAGAAUGAAUUAAACAGAGACAUUAUUUCCCUUUUAUUUAUUUAUUCUUUUUAAUAUUACAUAAGUGAAAUUAAAAUUUAUUU